UGUAUAGAUAAUUUCAAGAGGAUUAAGAUGCGUGUUUUAGCAGUUUUAGCCAUAGUGGCUUUUCUGGCCAUUUCCUUGGUGACUUCGUUUCCAUCAAACGACAGUGAUAUUAAUCAAGGAAGCGCUGAAAAUCAAUCGGUAAUUAAUCCUGUUCCCCGCUGGCCAAGAUGGGGUGGUAUUGGCCCGGUUGUCUUGAACACACCUCCUACCAAAAAUGUGACAUAACCGAAGCCUACACAAAAAUAGCCACACAAAUACGCGCUUGUAAAACUUUCCACUUAGACAAUUGUUCAAAUAUCAAAAUGAGUAAAUAAAGUUAUUUGGUAAAAUCAACGAA